CAAAAAUAAAACCUCCCUCUUUUCUUCCCAUUCUCAACACACUUCUCUUCUCUCUCCUCUUUCAAUCAGAUCUCAACAAUAGCUUACUAGAUUUUUUUCCAUAUCAGGUGAAAAAAAAUCCAUCUUUUUUCUUUUACCAAAAAUAAAAUAAAAACAUACUCCCAAAUUCUAAAUUCCAGCAAAAAAUGAAUGAUUUAAUGACAAAAUCGUUCCUGAGCUACGUUGAUCUGAAGAAGGCGGCAUCCAAAGACGUUGAACAAGACUUAGAAAUGGGAAUUGGAGGAGCAAACAGAGACCCUAAAAUGGAGGAAUUUCUGGAAGAAGCAGAAAAGGUGAAAACAGAGAUGGGGUUAAUCAAAGAAGUUUUAAUUACUCUUGAGGUUGCAAAUGAGGAGAGCAAAUCUCUGCAUAAGCCAGAAGCUCUGAAGGCGCUUCGAGGCCGAAUCAAUUCUGACAUUGUCUCUGUUCUUAAGAGGACUAAAGCUAUCAAGGCUCGCCUUGAACAAAUGGACCGCGCUACUGCUGAAAAUCGCCGCCAAUCUUCUGAAUUGGGUACCCCAAUUGAUCGAACAAGGUCAUGUGUGACAAACGGCCUAAGAAAGAAGCUAAAGGAACUAAUGAUGGAAUUCCAAGCACUCAGACAAAGAAUGAUGUCCGAAUACAAGGAAACAAUCGGAAGAUGCUACUACACCGUCACAGGUGAACACCCAGAAGACGAUGUAAUCGAAAAGAUCAUAUCAAACGGGACCGGAGAAGGCGAGAUCUUAUCCCACGCCAUCCAAGAGCACGGCCGAGGCAAGGUGGUUGAGACGGUGAUCGAGAUCCAAAGCCGCCACGACGCGGCCAAGGAAAUAGAACGGUCACUGUUGGAGCUUCACCAAGUGUUCUUAGACAUGGCUGUUAUGGUGGAAGCUCAAGGGGAACAAAUGGAUAAUAUUGAACAUCAUGUGAUUAAUGCUUCACAUUAUGUGCAAGAUGGUAGCAAGAAUCUGAAACAAGCUAAGGGUUAUCAGAGGAGUAGUAGGAGGUGUAUGUGUAUUGGGAUUAUUGCACUUUUGGUGAUUAUAUUGUUGAUUGUCAUUCCAAUUAUUGCUAGUUUUAGUCAUUCUUAGAUUAAUUUCUUGUAAUUGGGUUAUGUGUAGUUUAAUUUUAUGUAAUGGGGGCUGUUACUCGAAGCUCCCUUAAACUUUAAGAACUCGCUUUAUUUAUAUAUCAUAUUUCUAUGGAAGUACUAGUUUUAUUCAUA